AUAAACCCAAUCACUCUCAUUAUUAUCUUAAUAACUAUUAUACUUGGAACCAUUAUCGUUAUAAUUAGCUCCCACUGACUACUCAUCUGAAUCGGAUUUGAAAUAAAUAUACUCGCCAUCAUUCCCAUUAUAAUAAAAAAACACAACCCACGAGCCACAGAAGCAUCAACUAAAUAUUUCCUAACUCAAUCAACAGCCUCAAUACUACUAAUAAUAGCCAUUAUCAUCAACUUAAUAUUCUCAGGCCAAUGAACCGUAAUAAAACUAUUUAACCCAACAGCCUCCAUACUCAUAACAAUAGCCCUCGCCAUAAAACUAGGAAUAGCCCCAUUCCACUUCUGAAUCCCAGAAGUAACACAAGGCAUCCCUCUAUCUUCAGGCCUAAUCUUACUUACAUGACAAAAACUAGCACCCAUAUCGGUACUUUACCAAGUAUCCCAAUCCAUCAACCUAAAUAUAAUCUUAACCCUAUCAAUUCUAUCCAUUAUAAUCGGAGGCUGAGGAGGAUUAAACCAAAACCAACUACGAAAAAUUAUAGCUUACUCAUCAAUUGCCCACAUAGGCUGAAUAACAGCAAUUUUACCAUACAAUCCCACCAUAACAUUACUAAACCUAAUCAUUUACAUCAUCAUAACUUCCACCAUAUUUACACUAUUUAUAGCCAACUCAACCACAACCACUCUAUCAUUAUCACACACAUGAAACAAAACACCCAUCAUAACUAUUCUAAUCCUCAUUACCCUCCUAUCAAUAGGAGGACUCCCCCCACUAUCAGGAUUUAUGCCAAAAUGAAUAAUUAUUCAAGAAAUGACAAAAAACAAUAGCAUUAUCCUACCUACCUUCAUAGCAAUUACAGCACUACUAAACCUAUAUUUCUACAUACGACUGGCAUAUUCCACCACACUUACUAUGUUUCCUUCCACAAACAACAUAAAAAUAAAAUGACAAUUCUCAACCAUAAAACGAAUAACCCUCCUACCAACAAUAACCGUAUUGUCCACUAUAUUACUACCACUUACACCAAUUCUCUCAAUCCUAGAAU